AUGACUGCGCCCCCUGACUUCAUCGAUCUUCUCUGUGGUUGGCCGAACCCCGCGCUGUUACCCGCACCAGAUUUGCUCCGCUCCGCCACGACCGUGCUAACCACGCCUGAUAUCACGAACCCUGCGCUCCAGUAUGGCCCCGAUGAGGGCUAUGAGCCUCUCAGGGCCCACGUGGCCCACUGGCUGGAGACCUUUUACCAGCCUUGCGACCGUAUCUCGUUACUACGCAUCUGUAUCACGGGCGGGGCUAGUCAGAAUCUUGCCUGCGUCCUCCAGGUCUUCACUGACCCGCUCUACACGCGCACCGUCUGGAUGGUAGAACCAACUUACCACCUGGCAGGCCGUAUCUUCGAUGAUGCGGGCUUUGAUGGGCGAGUGCACGGCGUCCCAGAGAAUGACGAGGGGUUAGACCUCGAAUUUCUAGAGGCUGGAUUGCAGGCGGCGGAGAAGAAGGCCGCAGCAGAGGGGAACACGGAACCGAAAAUUAAACUUCCCCGGCCUUGGCGCAAGAUCUAUAAGCACGUUAUUUACGGCGUGCCGACCUUUGCCAACCCGUCUGGCAAGAUCAUGUCUGUGGGCCACAGAGAGGAGCUGGUGCGUCUGGCUCGAAGGUACGAUGCCCUGCUGGUCACAGACGACGUUUAUGAUAUGCUGCAGUGGCCGUCCACUCCGGGUGGAGACCCUGCACAGACUGAACACCCAGUUGCACCACGCUUGGUGGACGUGGAUCGCUACUUAGACGGGGGUCCCGUUGAUGAAUGGGGCCACACAAUCAGCAACGGCAGUUUUAGUAAACUCAUCAGCCCCGGGGCUCGCACGGGAUGGGCAGAAGCGUCGGAGAAGCUUGCGUAUGGGUUGUCGCAAGUAGGGUCUUCUCGGUCAGGAGGAGCUCCUUCGCAGCUGUCUGCCGCGUGCGUUGACCAGCUACUUGCCACUGGGUUCUUGGAAACCUAUGUUCGGGAUACUCUGCGGCCCGCUUAUGGGGAUCGAUACCACAGGAUGAUCGCCGCGAUUGAGGAGUAUUUGGUCCCCCACGGAGUUUCCGUGCCAGAACCUCCCGGUCCGGUUGCUGGUGGGUAUUUCAUUUGGAUCAAGCUACCAAGUGAUGUGGAUGCAGCAGAUGUAGUCAGGCGCGCUCAGCGGGAGGAGAACCUUCGGCUAGCUCCAGGGACCCUAUUCCAGGUCAUUGGUGACCAAGGCGCCGAUAAGAAUCGAUUUUCUGAUCGGCUUCGCCUAUGCUUUGCAUGGGCGGAACCACAGCAGUUGACUGAGGGCGUACGGAGACUCGGAGCUCUGUUGGGCCGAAUGGUCUAG